GAUGCCUCCAAAAGUGUGACUCCAGGGGUCCGCGAGAAAGGGCCCGACCGAGCUCAGAAAUGCAAAUGCAAACGCAAAGGAGGAAAGGGCGGCGGACGAGCGGCCCCGGGCCCCAGGAUCGCUUCGUGACUCCGGCCCAGGUCGGCAGAACCCGGCAGGCGCCACCCCCGCGGGCGCCCGGGGCCUCGGCGUCGCUGUCGCCCGUGGCAACCGCCCGCCCCGGCGCCGGGCCUGCGAGGCUGGGCGCGGGAGCCGCAGGAUGGCCCUGAGCUCCUGGUCCCUAGAGCUGGGGCGCGGCGAGCAGGCGCGGCGGGCGGCGGGCGUCUCCACCGGCCCCUCCCUGCAGUUGUGCACCCUGCCCCCCUCCCUGGGCUCCGCCGUCGCGACCGCGGCGCUGGAGCAGCUCUUGGCUGUGGAACAAUCACUACAAAGUGACUAUUUUAAAUGCAACGAAGAAGCUAGGACCUUUCUUAAGGACACUGCUAUCGCUGUUAAGAAAUUGGAAGAAAUGAGAAAAGCCACAAUUGAUCGCCUAGAAAUUGAAAGCAUGGAACUCAGCAGACUAUAUUUUCUGCUGGAAACUCUUCCCAGUAGCAUUGGCAGAGAAUUGGAAGAAUGUGUCAGAGAUGCACGGAGAUUAAAUCUUUUUGAGAUAAAUCAGAUACAGACGGACAUUACAAGAAUGAAUAAUGAAAUACAGUCUCUGAAGAUGAAAAUACUUGAUCUGAAAAAAAUUAAUGAAAUGCUAGGUGAAGAGCAAGAGGAGCUGGCGAGGAAGCAUGAAAAGUUAGUGCUGUCGCUCAACCACACGAUGGAAGAGAAAGCUACUACCACUAUUUACAUCAAUGAGACUUACACCAAAAUAAACUCAGAGAGAAAAGAAAUAGAAUUGCAAAUACAGUAUCUCAAAGAAAUACAGGAACAGUUGGAAAAAGAAAAAGCAGAACAUUUGAAAAGAAAACAACAACUGAAUCAACAGAUUGAGGAAUAUAAAAAAUUCUGUGAACUUAAGAGAAAGGAGACUUAUAAAAAGAAGAAAGAAUUGGAUUCAUUAAAAGUUAAAGUGUCAAAAAUGAAGGAAACAGUUACGACCACCACAGUGGUUCUUAGUGAUCACAAUUUAGAGAUAGCACAACUACAAGAAUCAAUAAGACUUUGGGAACAAGAGGUCGAAGAAUUGAAGAAAUCCUGUAAGAUACUGGAGGAUAAAAUACAAUUUUUUAUAAGUACCAAAGAAAAACUGGAAGAGUCAUCUGGUUUUGAAAAAGGUGAACUUUUACAAAAGAUAACACAGAUGGCUGAAAAACUACACAAAAAUCGUUUAGAGAACAAAGAUCUACAGGGGAAACUGCAUACUCUUACCAGACAAUAUAAGAUUGUCUUAAGUGAGGAGGAUAAACUUUUUAUGCAGAAACAGAAAAUUUACGAGGAAAAUCAGAAACAACUGACAUUUAUUACUCAGAAAGAAAACUUCCUGUCACAAAGAAAAGUAGACGUCAAAAAUAUGGAAGAAGGACUUGUCACGCUCCAUGAUCUUCUUCAAGCAACAAAGGCAGUGUAUCGGAAACAAAUAAAAAUCCUGAAUGAUAACCUGGAAAGAGAAAAUCAGAGAUGUAUUAUAACUCAAUGGAAAGUAGCUUGUUUGCGAAAAAAGCAUGCACGUUGGAAAAAUAAGCUAAUCUCUGAGAUAGGAGAAAUUGUAGAGAAAACACAGAUUGUGGAACUCAGACACUCUGAAUUAUUACAAGAGACUGGUUUAAGAGAAAAAGAAAUCACUGAAUUUUUGGCAGAGAUUGAAAGGGUUACAUGUGAAUUAAAACAAGAGGAGGAGGAAUUUAUUGUCAAAGAAAAAAAGUUAAUUGAAGAGUUGAACAAGUAUGAGGAAAGAUUUAUUAGGGAAACAGAAAGUAAUAAAGUAAAGGAAGAGGAACUGGUUGAGUGUCUUCCACAACUUCAAGUGGCAGAAGAAGAGUACAUAAACAAAAGUGGAAAAUUUGAAGAAAUCAAUAAUAUUAUUACAGCACAAAAGCAGGAGCAGAAUUUACUGAAUGAUUACCUUUCUCAAAUGACAAGAGAAUUUACAAGAUAUUUUAGCAACACGGAAAAAGUGAAGCAAGAACUCAAACACUUACGAGAUCAAGAAAGCCAGAAGAUUAAAAGUCAUUACGAAACUCUAAAGAACUUAGAAAAUGAAAUCUAUGUGCAUGACUUAAAAGUAGAUGCUUUGCUCCUGGAAAAUGAAAGAUUAAGAGAAUAUAUUGCAUACAUGAAGAAAAAGAUAGAGCAAUAUAAAAAGAGAGAAGAAGAUCUCAAGUCCACGUCAGGUGACCUGUCUUGUCAAUUGACAACUCAUCAGACACAGUAUUUGGAUUUGUGGGCUGAAUUUCAGACUACAGUUAAGGAAUUGGUAAACAGUGGUGGUGAGACUUUGCAAGAAAUAAAAAACCUAACAGAGAAGCUAAACGAAAGAGAUGAAAACAUUGAACGUAUCAGCAUUUGGCUACAAGGGAAUCUUGAAGAGCUGCGUUCUCUUAUGGAACAGGAAUUGAAAGUGGACCUCCUUAAAAAGAAGAAACACAUUCCUAUCAAAAAAGUCCAUCCCCCAGUGGGUGAAUGUAAAAAAACUAACAAAAUAACUUCAAGGCUAUAACUGCUGUGAAUUCAAAAGGCACAAACAAAACUACAGAACAAGUGAGUACACUUUCUUCAUAUUUUGCAAUGAUCUAUGGAUGUCUUGUUUAACAAAAUUGCAUAAUCCCCACCCAAUAGCAGAAUCAGUAAAUAACCUUCUAAAUACAAAUGGAUAUACAUGGUUGGAUAAAUGUUAAAAAAAAAAAAACAAACACCCUUAUUUUGCUUCCAUGGUUUCACAUGAAUCUCUUACAGGCUUUAGAGCAUAAAAUACACAGUAGACCUAUCAAUAACCACAGGAAAAGUAUACGUUCUAUAUAUUCUGUAUUCUGUUAAGGCAUCAAUUGUAAGAUGCAUCCUAAUUCAGAGACGUCACAAUGUGAAAAAUUUUAGGAUCAAUAAAAUAUUAUUGCACCGUGUAUAUAUCCUUCAAAAAGGAGACCAAAGCGGAAGGGAAUGUGUAAAUCCAUGUAUUUAUUCACUUGGGAAAGAAAUAUUCCUCUUUUUAGUCUGAAUUAUUUCCACAAUUAAAUGUCAGAACACCUGAGAUUUUUUUUGUAGUUAAGCAUUUUAUUGUUUUUCUUAACAGAAAUCAUAAUCAGAAGAGAUCUUCAACCAACCUACCUAUAAACAGAAAACCUGUUAUAUAAAUUAUACUCUAUUUUUAUAACCAAAAUACUGUACUGGUAAAAAUAAAUAACAAACAACAUACUUCUUUUUCAUGUUUACUACCAGACCCACAGGUAUGUUUGUCCUUCUUAUUCAUUAUACUUGAAAAACAAAUUGAAACACAAGAGCAUGCAAAAUUAGACCGAUGCUAAGGAUUUCAGAUUAUACUUGUCUAGGUAUAGAGGAACAUGAUUUUGUUCUAAAGGAUAACUAAAUUGUUGCAGGAAGCAAGUACUUCCUAACAU